AUGGGUAGUUUCGAUUCGCCUAUACCGCUUUCCGAAAUCGAGUCGGUUCUAGCUUGGGUAGACUCGUUCAAGUUGUCCAGGUCCAAUAAGAAGAUAAACAGGGACUUUUCAGAUGCUGUUCUCCUGGCCGAAAUCUUAAGCCACCAUUAUCCAAAACUGGUCGAGAUGCACAACUAUCCUCCGAGGAACAGCCACGCAUUGAAACUGAACAACUGGAUGACCCUGAACAGGAAGGUGCUGAGGAAACUCAAGUUGAACCUCUGCUGUGGCACCAUGGAGCAGUUGGCUAACUGUACUCCUGGUGUCAUUGAACGGGUUUUGGUCAUGGUUCGUGACAAGAUUCAUCGUGACGAAGAGCUGAACAAGAGUGCUAAGGAUUCGGAACAGAACAUGUCCAGCGGCGGAAGUUAUUACGAGGCCUGUGGAGAUGAUGAACAUAUCCUAGUGGUGCCGGUGAAAACUCGCGUUAACGGAGUGCUGGAGACGGUGCAACAGAAAGUGGUCAACUUUGAGUCGUAUCAGGCGCUUAAAGAAGAGCUCAAAGAUGCAAAGGACGCGACUGAACUUCUCAAACAAAAGGUGGAACAUCUGGAUAAUUUAUUGAAACUUAAAGACGAAAGAAUAGAUGAGCUUCAAAAUCAGCUGGAGAGGAAACAGGCAAGACGCAAAGAGGCCGAGGCUCUUCAAAACAGCCUUGCAGUCCCUUUCGAAACAGUACCACCCCCAAUCAUCACUGAAGUUGUGCCAAAUAAAACAGUUCUGAAAGCCCUACCAAUAACAGAAGUAUUACCAGUAAAAUCGGUUUCAAAUAAAAACGUUGAUACGAUGAUUGAUCUCGAACCUAAAUCUACGGAGACCAAAGUGAUUGUUGAGCCUAAACCUACUUUCGAAUACAAACUAUCAUUUGACUCUAGAGUGCCAAGAGAUGAAUCCAAAAUUCCUAUUUUAAGAGCUGUUCUAUCAAAACCUAGCAUUACUGAGGUGUCGCCAGAUGAAGUUAAAGAUAAUUUAGAAAGGAUUAAAUCUGAUGUUUUUAAGGAAAUAGAGCUAGUUGGAAAGAGUGAUAGUUGCCCUGAUCUAGAAGAGUUUAAAGACAGCGAAGAAGCUGUUGUUACAAUAGAAGAUACUAUAAAUAAUGAGAUUCAGCAAAUCGGUAUAGAUGAUUAAUAAAUGUUGUGUAUUAACUUACAAAACUUAAGAUAUUAGUCGGUCUUCACAUUUUGAGUUUGGAUAUUAUGCUAAUUGAAUUCAUCAAGUAAAGCGUAGAUCGUGUUUUCUAGAAUCUCAAAGUUUAGUGUUAGA